AUGAAACUAAAGAUAAUUGGAGCAGGAUUUGGACGCACAGGAACGUUGAGUACAAAAUAUGCUCUUGAACAACUUGGUUAUACAUGUUAUCAUAUGCUAGAACUGCGUAAGACACCAACACGAUCGAUUCAUUGGCUGAAUGCAGCAAAAUCGAAAGAAAACCAAGAACCAUUCGACUGGGACGUUAUAUUUGAAAAUUAUGAUUCGACGGUGGAUUUUCCUGCAUGUUAUUUCUGGAAAGAAUUACUUGACUAUUAUCCAGAUGCUAAAGUUAUACUGAACGUACGAAAUCCAGAAAAAUGGUAUGAAAGUGUUCAAAACACUUUAUAUAAAGCUAGUAAUAGUUUGAUGCUGCAUGUAGCUAUGAUGUGGGACCCAACUUUUCGAAAAAUGAGUGAAAUGCGAGAUAAAAUAGUCUGGAAAGGAAUAUUUCAAAAUCGAUUUCAUGAUAAAUCGUACACCAUCGAUAUUUUUAAUAGACACAAUGACGAUGUUAAACGUACUGUACCAGAAAAUCGUUUACUUGUGUUCGAUGUUAAACAGGGCUGGAAACCAUUGUGUGAUUUUCUCGACGCACCAGUACCAAAUACUCCAUUUCCACGCAUCAAUGACACAGCUGAAUAUCAAAAUAGAACAAUCAAAAUACCAAUGUGGAUUUAUAGUUUAUUUGCAUUAUUCGUAGCAAGACAUUUUAUAUACGGUAAUGCAGAAAAAAUUCUCAUAUCUACUACGCAGAGUAAUAAUUCGGUUGUGGAGUUUGAUACGAGCGCUGGGCUGAAACGUCCUGGUACUAUAAAAUCAAUUCAACUAAAUUUUCAAAAAGCACCAACUGCUGCUUCGGCAAAAAUUUAUUUUUAUGUUAUCGGUUAUAAUGAUGGUCAUUUUCGAUUGAAUAUAUUAGCGAAAUAUGCGGUUCCAGCUGAUGAAAUAAGAGCAGAAGUUGGUAUUCAAAAAUUUGUUCUUCGUUCUCAACUAAAUAUAGGAAUAGGACAAUUUUUAGCUGUCGAGCUUGGAGCCGAUGGUGGUAGUUUAUAUAAAACUCCUGGAGUGCACUGCUCUAUCAAAGACCCAAAUUGCAGUGUUGGUGAUGUGAAAAAUUUUGAUUGUCACGAUUAUGUUUAUUCGUCAGCAAUGAGUUUCACAAUAAUUCCUUUUAAAGAUGUUCGUGGUGAGAGAAGCAUAAUUGGGGUUCAAAAUUACGAUAUUGGAAGCAAAGUUAGUGUAAUUGGAAGUGGACCUGCAAAAGCAGCAAGUUUCACCAUUACACCUUUUACAGGUAUUUAUUCUUCUCCUGUUAUUGCUACUCCGAGUGAAAAUCCUGUUCAUUUUAAUGAUGCAUCUAAUAUUGGUAGAACAGGACUAAGUUAUCCAAGCAGAAUUGUGAUGAAAGCAUCUUAUCAUACACCAUGUACGAUACAAUUCUUUUACAGAAGUGGUUCAGGUGGAAUAAUUCAAGGUCCAGAAUAUGGAAAUCCCUACGAUUAUUGUAAGACAGAAAUAUUUGAAUUGGAGCCUAAAGAAAGAAUUAUAAGAGUUGAACAUUCAAGAGGCAUUCAAUUUCAUUGGGUAACAUCAGAUGUUGAAUACGUUUCAACAGAAAUAAAAUAUGAGCUAGACAGUGCUAUAGCAAGUGCAGGUUUGCAAUCCACGAGUAUUAUUCGACAUGAUAUUAUAAAUUGUGCUGAUAUACAACAGGAAAUUACUGGUGUUGAAUUUUCCGUUAAGGGUGGUUUACCUAUAUUAGAAAAAACAGUAACCGUUCGAGCUGAAGUUAGUUUUGGCUAUAAAUACGGUGAAACACACACAAAAGAGGAAACAAUUAAACGAACACUUAAAGUUAAUGUGGCCCCAAAAUCCUCUCAAAAAGCAAUAAUGGUUGUAAUAGUCGGAACAAUAGAGGUACCAUAUGCAACACGUUUAAAAAUUGUAUACGCCGAUGGGACAAUACUAGAGCGAUCAGGAGUCGGAGGAAUAUAUAAGGGUGUUAAUGUUAUUGACACAAAAGUAACAUUUGGCCCAACAGUUCCGGUUAAGAAAGGGGAUUAUCCUCUAGAGUAA